AUGUUCUCAAGGUCCGUUUUUCGACGCAAAUUGACACGCAUCCUCCGUGUUACUAAAGUAGCUUUCGAAGGUGCGACUCAGAGAUUCGACGUUGACAUUGGGCGUAUACCCGGUCGGGGGUGGAAUUACAACUUUCACAUGUCCAACAUCGCGCGCUGGUCGAUCGUCAUCAACGAAACACUUCGACUCCUCAACGCACUCACCUGCCGUAUUUUUGCAGAUGAACUGAAGGGUGAGCUUCGCACACCCGUCUUCGAGGGCCAAACCGACUUCUUGGUGUUCCUGCUGUUGUCCCUCGGUCUCUUUGUCAUAAACUGGGGGCUUCGCCUCGCUAUCGUCGAACCACUUGCUGCGCUUCUUCUCGGUAGUCGCUCUACUCGAUCACGAGUUCAAAAAUUUGCCCAGAGCUCUCUUGAGAUGAUAUUCUACGGGGCCUUUUCUGUAUUUGGAGCCUCUGUUGUCCCAAAACAGGAAUGGUUUUGGCCCUCAAAGCUCUGGUGGUCGGAGUUCAUUACUGGAGAGUCAUUAUUUAUGACUGAUGAACUCAAACUCUAUUACCUUCUAUACGCGGCACGAUAUUGUCAAGGAGCCGUUUCUGUAUUUAUUGAGCACAAACGCAAAGACUUCUGGGAGAUGCAGGUACAUCAUUUUGUGACAGUUUCCCUGAUAGGCGUUUCUUACGCGUACGGUUGGAACCGGGUGGGUGCUGUGGUAAUGGUUCUGCUAGAUCCCGCGGAUGUGCCCCUGCACAUUGCAAAACAGUUCAAGUAUAUUGGAGAUGCUCGCGGAGGUAAUACUCAGAAAUUUAUGCAGGCGGGAGCAGACUUCUUCUUCGUUGUGUUCAUGCUGCUUUUUGGCAUAAUGCGCCUUGGUCUUUAUCCUUACGUGGUAUGGAGUGCUCACAUUGAAGCAAGAAGAUACUUCGUAUACGGUUAUGGUGCUUGGACUUGUGUGGUGCUGCUGUACGUCUUGCUUAUGCUUCAACUAUACUGGUUUGCAUUGAUCCUCAAGGUCGCCAUCAAGGUUAUCACAAGUGGCACUGCAGAAGAUGUUCGGAGUGACGAUGAAGAUGAGGACAGAAAUAAAAUCCCCAAGAAGAACAACUGA